CGUGCUGGGGCUGGGCUGCGCUGUCGCGGCGGGCUCACAAGCUCAGAGGCUCGCCUGCCGCCGUGACGGCGCGGGAGGCUGUGCCACAGGCCAGCGCAGCCCUUUUGGGUGCGGGAGGGGGUGGGCUCUGCAGGGCGCAGAGUCGGCAAAGCACUGCUGAGUCUCGGCUCUGUGCGCCCAGGGGCGACUGAUGCCCCCCGCGCUCCCCACUCCGCUGCCACAACCGGGCCGCAUCUGGACCGGGCGCCGCGCUGCGGGGCCGACACCCGGCCACAAUGCUGCUCGGGGCAUCUCUGGUGGGAGCGCUGCUGUUCUCCAAGCUGGUGCUGAAGCUGCCCUGGACCCAGGUAGGGUUCUCCCUGCUGCUCCUCUACUUGGGGUCUGGCGGCUGGCGUUUCAUCCGAAUCUUUGUCAAGACCAUCAGGCGUGAUAUCUUCGGUGGCUUUGUGCUCCUGAAGGUGAAGGCAAAGGUCCGACGGUACCUGAAGGAGCGAAAGACAGUGCCUGUGCUGUUUGCUUCCACGGUACGCCGCCACCCUGACAAGACAGCUCUGAUUUUCGAGGGCACAGAUACCCACUGGACCUACCGCCAACUGGACGACUACUCGAGCAGCGUGGCCAACUUCCUGCAGGCCCGGGGCCUGGUCUCAGGUGAUGUGGCUGCUCUCUUCAUGGAGAACCGCAAUGAGUUCGUGGGCCUGUGGCUGGGCAUGGCCAAGCUUGGCGUGGAGGCAGCCCUCAUCAACACCAACCUCCGACGUGAUGCCCUGCGCCACUGUUUGGACACCUCGCAGGCACGGGCCCUUAUCUUUGGCAGUGAGAUGGCCCCAGCUGUCUGUGAGAUUCGUGCCAGCCUGGACCCCUCACUCAGCCUCUUCUGCUCUGGUUCCUGGGAGCCCAGUGCAGUGCCGGCCAACACAGAGCACCUGGACCCUCUGCUGGAAGAUGCCCCCAAACACCUACCCAGUCUCCCUGACAAAGGCUUCACAGAUAAGCUCUUCUACAUCUACACGUCAGGCACCACAGGGCUACCCAAAGCUGCCAUUGUGGUAAACAGCAGGUAUUACCGCAUGGCUGCCCUGGUGUACUAUGGAUUCCGGAUGCGGCCGGAUGACAUUGUCUAUGACUGCCUUCCCCUCUACCACUCAGCAGGAAAUAUUGUGGGGGUUGGCCAGUGCCUGAUCCAUGGCAUGACCGUGGUGAUCCGGAAGAAGUUCUCAGCCUCCCGGUUCUGGGACGACUGUAUCAAGUAUAACUGCACUAUUGUGCAGUACAUUGGUGAGCUGUGCCGGUACCUCCUGAACCAGCCUCCCCGGGAGGCAGAGUCCCGGCACCAAGUACGCAUGGCACUGGGCAACGGUCUUCGGCAGUCCAUCUGGACCGACUUCUCCAGCCGCUUCCACAUUCCCCAGGUGGCCGAGUUCUAUGGGGCUACCGAGUGCAACUGCAGCCUGGGCAACUUUGACAGCCAGGUGGGGGCCUGUGGCUUCAACAGCCGCAUCCUGUCCUUUGUGUACCCUAUCCGGCUCGUACGUGUCAACGAGGACACCAUGGAGCUUAUCCGGGGACCUAAUGGAGUCUGCAUUCCCUGCCAGCCAGGCCAGCCAGGCCAGCUGGUGGGCCGCAUCAUUCAGCAAGAUCCUUUGCGCCGCUUUGACGGCUACCUCAACUCGGGUGCCAAUAACAAGAAGAUCGCUAAGGAUGUCUUUAAGAAGGGAGACCAAGCCUACCUCACUGGUGACGUGCUGGUGAUGGAUGAGCUGGGUUACCUAUACUUUCGAGACCGCACAGGGGAUACGUUCCGGUGGAAAGGCGAGAACGUGUCUACCACUGAGGUAGAGGGCACGCUCAGCCGCUUGCUGGACAUGGCUGAUGUUGCAGUAUAUGGUGUUGAGGUGCCAGGAGCUGAGGGCCGGGCAGGAAUGGCAGCUGUGGCCAGCCCCACCGGCAACUGUGACCUGGAACAAUUUGUACAGGCCUUGGAGAAGGAGCUGCCCCUGUAUGCCCGCCCCAUCUUCCUGCGCGUUCUGCCUGAGCUACACAAAACAGGGACCUACAAGUUCCAGAAGACAGAGCUGCGGAAGGAGGGCUUUAAUCCAGCAGUGGUGAAAGACCAUCUGUUUUACCUGGAUACCCGGAAAGGUCGCUAUGUCCCACUGGACCAAGAAGCCUAUACUCGCAUCCAGGCAGGCGAGGAAAAGCUGUGAUUUGCUCCCCAUGUCCCUGUGAGGGCCAGCGGAAGCUGGAUCCAGAGCUCCAGCUUCCACCCCCGAGGGGUCCUGGGCAAUGCCAGACCAAAGCAAGCAGGGCCCGCACCUUUGCCCCAAGGUGUUGACCCCCUUCCUCCAAAACUGCCAAAUGACUCACUGCCGCCUCCUCAUUCCUCCACAGGCUUUCUGUGAAAGCCUCGUGUCCAUGUUUUGCCUUCUGGGCCCAGCAGAGACUUGGGCCCAGGCUGGGACUAAUGGAUACUUUUGGAUGAUGUCUUUGGUCAUGUAGAGCAGGGAGAGGCAAAGGGGUCACCAAGCUCCCUCCAAAGAGCAGGACCUUGCAAACAGGACCAAGGCAGAAGCCCCCAAACUCAGGAAGCUAACAGAAUGGACAGAGACAGUAGUGGCCAUCGGUCAGGUGGCCAGGGAGGAUCCUGGCCCCAGAGCUCCCCAAGUGGCAUCUGCUGAGAGGAAAGGAAGAGGACCCUGCUUGGCCAUCCAUGCCCCAGGAAAUCAGGACAGUGCCCCCUGUCUCUCCAGACUCCCACAUACUCGUCUCCCUGGUAGCUGCCUGGCUGUUUCUCAGAGGGGGCCUUUCUGUGUCACCUUCUCCAUCUCAGUCCUGGCCAGGUUGUGAGAGGAAAGAUGGGGGGUGGACUUAGGGGCCAAUAAAUUCUGCCUUGAC